AUGGACACCUCUGAUAAGACCAUGAUUCCCGAAGUUUUCGAAUCUCGCAAGCGCAAGAUUCUUGCAGAAUUGUCCAUCCCGGACGCAGAAUAUACCGAUCUGUCGCCGAAGGGGUCGGUUGAUGAAGGGAUCCGCGUGCUCAUCAACGACAUUAACACUUUGCCUGGGUUAGUGACCACGAGCAGCUGUGCCGGGCGAAUCAGUGUAUUCUUGGAGGGGAGGAAGAAGCAGCACCAGGUGCUGUCAGACGAGCAACAAAGACAGUUUGUACCUUCAGGGGGUAAAGGGGCCGGAAAAUGGCUGUAUGUGUCCCAUGAGCCAUUGAAAGAGAAUGGAAAGAUGCAAGACAAAGAGCGCCAGCGUUUGCAUGAGUUGUUCGGAAUGAUUCCUGGCGAUGGCAGGCCUCCGGGGCUGAACAAGAACGGCCAAGCCCCGCGUCUCGUGCGUUUUUCUUUUGAGCCUAUGAUCCUCCACAUAAUGACAGCCACCCUACACCAUGCGCAUCCUGUACUGUCUGCUGCUUCAACCUCUGGCUUUCGUGAGAGCGGACUGCAAAGCUUACGGUGCUUGGAGGCGGAUGACAAUGAUGGCCCGAGUCCCAUCGUCGCAGUACGCUCUGCCGGUCUCUCGUUGGAGUCUGUUAUCGGAUACUGCGAGGAGAAUGAUGACGAUUAUCAAGAACCCGUCAUCCACAGUCUGGUUACGGAAGAAUUCCUUGAGAUGCUGGUUGCUAUCUCGAAUGAACGAUUCUCCGUCAAUUGUGAACGCAAGGAGAGGUUCCGCGCAAAUUUGUUAGAUCUUUGCUCUAUAGGUCGGUCCCAUGGUACGAAGACGAAAGGGAAGGCUAAGCCUCCUGGCUGGGAGGAUCCAGAGAAACGAAAGGAGAGGAUGAGGGCAGAAGGGCUAUUGAGAAAACAGCUCAUGGAGGACCAGAAAAAAGAAUUGGAUAUUGAUUUUGAUUUGUCUGUUCCUGGUCUGGAGCAAUGA